AUGAAUAAGAGGUGGACGCCAAAAUUUGCCUGGUUGGUACAAGUACAUAAGCCAAGGAGCAAAACCAAUUCACAAACACAACGUCACAACCCAGAUUUAUUAAUCGUUAUUUCAGGGUUAAACUUUGACAAUGACCUUUCAUUCUUGAAGAAGAGGACCCUUGAUCUAAACUUCACUAACAAAUUGGUAUACGAGGCACACAUUUAUUCCUUCUCAGGAAACCAGAAUAGUUGGAAUUUGCUACCAGUGAAUUGGGUAUGUUCCUCUGACAUUGAAAUCUUAAAAGACCAAGCAGGUUUUUUAAUUAGUGGUGACAAUCCAGUACCUUUAUUCAUAAGUGAAUUUGGAUAUGACAUGACUGGUGUCAAUUCCAUGGACAACUAA